AUGGCACUCUCGUGCGCGGCCGAGUGCGCGCUCUCCCUCGCCUGCGCGCGGUGGGCGCUCCGCCGCCUCUCCGUGUCCGGCGCCGACGACAGCGCGUCCUGGCCCGCGGCCUCGCCCUCCUCCUUCGCGCCCGUCCCGCGCGCCUGCCGCUCCGCGCUCGCGGCCUACGACGCCGACGGGCCGGGGCACGAGGCAGAGCCGUCGCCGUCGCGGCUCUGCCCGCCGUACCGCCUCUCCCACGACCGCGCGCGCGGGGAGGUCGUGCUCGCCGUGCGCGGGCUGGGCCUCGCGCGCCUCGAGGACUACCGUGUGCUCCUCGACGCCGGCGGGCCCGAGCCGUUCGCGGGCGGCCACGCGCACCGCGGGCUCCUGCGCGCCGCCGUCUGGCUGCUCGACCGGGAGGGCCCCGCGAUCCGGCGGAUGGUGGCGGAGUCCGGGCCGGCAGGGUGCAGGCUCGUGUUCGUGGGCCACUCGCUCGGCGCUGGGGUCGCCGCGGUCGCGGCCGUCGUGGCGGUGAGGUGCUGGCUCGGGAGCCUCGGGCUCCGCCGCGAGGGCGUAAGGUGCUACGCGAUGGCGCCGCCCCGGUGCAUGUCGCUCGGUCUCGCCGUCGAGUACGCCGACGUCGUCCACUCCGUCGUGCUACAGGACGAUUUCUUGCCAAGAACCCCGGCGCCGCUGCAGCACAUCUUCGGAUCAAUUUUCUGUUUGCCGUGCCUAUUGUGUUUUAUUUGCAUGAGAGACACGUUUGUGUCAGAGGGGAAGCUUAAGGAUGCAUCUAAACUGUAUGCUCCCGGCAGAGUCUUCCAUAUCGUGGAGCGGGAGAACUGCAGAUGCGGGAGACUUCCACCGCAAGUGAGAACGGCAGUUCCAGCAGAGGGCAGAUUUGAGCAUGUGGUGUUGUCGUGCAACGCCACUUCCGACCACGGGAUUAUCUGGAUCGAAAAGGAGGCACAGAGGGCCCUGGAUUUAAUGGAUCAAGAAGAAGAAUCGACGCUGGCCCCGUCCCAUCAAAAGAUGCUAAGGGUGCAGGAGACGAAAUCACUUGCAGAACACCAGCUCAACGCAAUAGAGCAUCUGGUGUUCGUUCAGGAGGCUCACGACGGCAACUCCUCCUCCUCCUCUUCGUCCACCACCUCACCGUUUAGCAGCCCUAGGAGCACGACGGCGAGCGAGAGCGAGUGGGAUGGUCUCGUGGAAACAUUUCUAGGGAAAAAUCUAAGCUUUACCAUCGAGUAUUUGAGUAGGGAACAAUCCAUGGUCAGCUCAUGUUCAACUAAAUGA